AUGGCGGCGGCGAAUCCCACGCCACCCCAGGCCGGCUCCCGGGCUGACGUGGUCGGAUUGGGCCUGUGUUCACAGAUCGCUGUGGAGAAUGGCUUCGGGGGCGUGCACAGCCAGGAGAAGGCCGAGUGGCUGGGGGGUGCAGUGGAGGAGUAUUUCUUCCGCAAUGCUGACUUGGAGCUAAAUGAGGUGGAAGACUUCCUUGGAGAGCUCAUGACAAAUGAAUUUGACACGGUUGUAGAGGAUGGGAGUCUGCCCCAGGUGAGUCAACAGCUGCAGACCCUGUUCCACCACUUCCAGAGGGGUGAUGGCACUGCUCUGAAGGAGAUGGCCUCCCACAUCACUCAAAAAAAGUGCGAGGUUAGAGCCACUGCACUUACAACAGCUAGAGAGACGGAUAAGGAUGAUGCAGACAAUGUGGAGGAGAUGGAGGUCACAGCUGUGAAUGAUGGGGCAGCUACAGAUGGAGUCAGCCGCCAGCCUGAACCCUCUGGUCCAGACUCCCAGACUAUUAAGGAAGAGGAUAUAGUGGAGGAUGGCUGGACCAUCGUCCGGAGAAAGAAAUGAGUGGGGCCACAAAUGGUUUGGGCCCUUGUUUGCUAGUUGUUUUGAGAUUUUUUUUGGAGGGUUGUGGACCUCUGGACUGGUUAUCUCAUCUCCACCUUCUCCCUAUUUCCCUGUCCAGCUCCCUCCAGGGGAAGAAGAGCCCUAGGGUCCUUUGUCUUGGGUUGAUGGAACCUGGUUCACUGUAUCCCCUUGGGCCUUAAGUUACUACCUGAAUGAUAAGGCCUGGUUUUCCAGCACAGUGCCUCUUGGGUGCAUUGUGAAGAAGGAAGGAUGAAUGGGUAUGGGUGUGGCUGGAGGAGAAGCUAAAUACUUGUUGACAGUAGGCAGGUAGACUUGUGAAGAGAGAGGACCAACAGAACCAAUACUCAGCAUAAGGGAACCAAUACUUUUGCUGGGUCAGGAAUGGUGACAUGAACACGCAACUGAAAGAUUAGUUGAUAUAAGUGAAAGCUGUAGUACCUCUCCCACUCUUCACCCGUGUAUACACACACACAGCAGCUCUGUACCCCUGCCCAGAAAUUGGAGCCUUCUGGGAACACUCCCUACACCCCAGCCUCCAGCCCUGAGUUCCUUCAGGAAGUCUUAAGACCUUGGCAAGGUGGUGAGCUUGGGGGACCUGGGCUUUAUUUUCUGUCUCUUCCAACCUUUUAACAAACUCUUAUUUCCAUCCCAUCCAAGUCUAGGGAUGAGGCUUAAGACCUCAAUAAAUAAUACCUUAUUGUUUACUCUGUAAGUAGCGUUGGCAUCAGCCUUCUGGUAGCUGAGCUUCAGAACUCAGCAAGGGAACAGUUUCUGGGCCCACGCUUGCAGCCUGGUACUUUGGACAAAUAAACAGAUGGACAAAUGGAGCACAGCAGUGCUCUAAAAGUUUCUGUAAGCCUGAAA